CUUGUAUACAACCCUGAUUUCCAUUUUUUUCCCAACUCGUAAUGUAUUUAAUUCAAGUGAAACGUAAUCAUGACGUGUCGUGUCAUUAAUCUCCUCGCCGCCUCUCCCAAUAUUAAAGGAGGAGGCUGCCACAGAAGUGCGUCCCCCUUCAGCUUAGACCCUAAAGAAUGGCAUAACAUCUCAAACACUUCUGAGGAUGGAUUCCCCGCCAGAGUGUGUGUUGUCUCUUUCAUGUGAGCAGCCCCAGUCUCCUCCAACAUUGCCAUCCCUAGACCACAGCCCCCAGGCGUCUUCUCCUCACACCCAGCUCUCUCUACCUGACAGCCCCGUCAUCCUGCCCAUUCACAGCCCUGAACCCUCUCCCCAGAGUCCAGACAGCACGCCUUAUUUCCCCCACUCUCCGUUUCCCCUCCUCGAGGACACCAACAACAACCACCACCACGAUGUCGAUGAAGAAGACGACGAGGAAGGGCUUGAUGGAGUUCCUCCGUCCCCAACCCCGACGGUGGCUCUGUUCCCAGGAGGAGGGGGACAGGAAGCUGGUUGCAGCCCUACUUUGGACUCCUCUCCACCAGCCACACCGUCAGCGCCACUCCUCGGGUUUGGAGCCCUGGAGCUGGCCCUAUCGUCUGGGCAGAGUGGAAACUGCAAUGAUGAGCUAGAUCUCCAGCUGUUCCAGAAAGAUACUGUCACCAAGGCGAUACCUGGAGUGGGAGGGCCUUCAACAGGGCCUGCACUCAGGUUUCCCUGUCAUGUGUGUGGAAAGAGGUUCAGAUUCCAAAGCAUUUUGUCUCUUCAUGCUCGAGCUCAUAGUCUGGACCGAGACCGCCGAGCUACAGCCCUGUACAAGACUGCAGUCCCUUCAGCCCCCCUAAAGCAGCACCUCAAGAUCCAACAGAACCACAAAGACUUGAUCAAAAACCACCGGAGCCACCCAAACCAGCGUAUACUGCCAGGGACCCUCAUGCAACAUCUCACUGAAGACGAGGAUGUUGAUGGUGAGGUCAAAGGUCUACAUGACGACUUACAGAACCCAAACUUUCUACUGGAUGACAGCACACCGUUGACCCCUCCACUCACAGAGGAUCCCGUUUCUGUGACCCCUCCCUAUUCUUCUACCAUCGGGGAGGGUGGGUCUAAUCCCACAGCGCCUACGUUUCGCUGCCAUGCCUGCAAAGGAAAAUUCCGCACAGCUUCGGAGUUGGCGCGCCACGUCCGCAUACUCCACAACCCGUAUAAAUGCACUCUUUGUCCUUUCUCUGCCAGCCAAGAAGAGAGCCUGGCAUUUCACUUGCAGGAGUGCCACCCUUCCCCCGAGGUACCUGCCCUGCCACUGUCCUUUAAUUCCAGGCAGGUCAUUGCCACCCCUGAUACUCCAAUGCCCACACCCACCCAUACCCCAGCCCCAACCCCGAGUACCCAACCGGUGACAGCGGCAGCUACAGCGGCAGCAUCCCCCACACUGCCUGCGUUUCGCUGUGAAGUUUGCGGACAGCGGUUUACCCAGUCUUGGUUCCUGAAGGGACACAUGCGAAAGCACAAGGACUCCUUGGACCAUAAGUGCCAGGUAUGCGGCCGUGGCUUCAAAGAGCCUUGGUUUCUCAAAAACCACAUGAAAGUUCAUCUCAACAAGCUUGGGCUGAAAGCAGGGUUAGGAACCCUCGGGGGAUCCGGGGUUGCAGAGCAACAAGCCAAAGGCUCUGCUAGUAAUCAAUCCCUCAACGCCCUCUAUUCAAGCCUGCUUCUGGCCCAGCAGAGAGGAGGUAGAGGUGGACAAGGAAGAUCAGAGAGGGAAACUGGAGGCAGAAUGGGGAUGGGCUCCAGCAAGUCAGCCAUCCUGGGCUACCUUGGAUUGCCUAAUGAUGGCAGUGGGGCCAGCUGCAUGGAGAGACUUCAAGCAGUGGCUCAGGUGGCAGAGAUGGGAAAUGGUGGUGGUGGCGGCAUUGGUGGCUCAGGAGUAGGGGAUUCAGGAAGAGGAGGAGGGUCAACUAGAGGAGGGGGCACAGGUGAAACUACCGCAUCCAUUUCUGAAGGAGGGGACCAGGCAACUUGGUGGCAACUGGUGGCUCGCAGCCUGGCAGUAGCUCAGCAGCAGCAGCAGCAGCAGCAGCAGCAACAGCAACAGCAGCAGCAGCAGCAGCAACAGCAGCAGCAGCAGCAGCAGAGGCCCCAGCAGCGAGGCCAGCAGCAGGGCCAGCGAGCCCCGGGUCGCGGCUCUGUGAUCACAGAGGCCGACCAAGUCAGGGCAUACCUCGGAGGCCUUGAGCCAAGAGAAGAGUCUGGCGGAGCAGGAGGACCUUGGGAAUGCCCAGACUGUGGAAAGCUUUUUCGCAGCCUGCAGCAGGUGGUGGUUCAUGCUCGCGUUCACACCCAGAGGCCCCAGAAAGGAGGAGGCGGUGAAGAGGAGGGAAAUAGUAGUCGUAGAGGAGCGGGGCUUGGAAGAGGAGGCGGCAGUGAAAUGAGGCAGGAGUCUCAGCUACACGGUGGUGGAUCCCAACAAACAGGAGGAGGGAGACAGGAAUCAAAACUACACGGUGGUGGAUCACAAGCAGAAGCAGCAACGGGGUUCCACUCUGUCUCAACCUUCAAAGGAGAAAAUGGCAUGACAGCAGUCUCCUCCAUACCUUCAGUUCCCAGCAGGGAGCGAGUGCGUGGUAGAGGGAUAAAAGACUGCCCCUACUGUGGUAAAGCCUUCCGCUCUUCACACCAUCUCAAAGUGCACCUGAGAGUUCACACAGGUGAGAGACCCUACAAAUGUCCCCACUGUGACUAUGCGGGUACCCAGUCCGGCUCCUUGAAGUACCACCUCCAGCGGCACCACAGGGAGCAACGCAACGCCCUGUCAGCCUCCUCCAAUUCCUCCUCCAGUGGUCUCACCUCCACACUCAACAGUCUGACCUCUGGAUCCUCAGGGCUGGCCAAGCAGCGCCGAUCCCACCUCAACCAUGGCCCGGUCAACCGGGGUCCGACCGACAACGCCUCCUCUCUGCCCAGCCAGCAGUCCUGGCUCCUGGGGCUUCCAGACCAGCGGGAGCACAGGAAGGCCUUGGCGGCUCUAAGGGAUGUCGACUUGGAGACACAGUACAGGUAUCUCUCCGGGGUGAUGGGCGCCCUUUACCAAGGUGGAAUGGAAGGAGGCUGGAUCAGGGAGUCUCCCCCACCAAAAGCCCCUAAAGUGUCCCGUCGUAAGCCCCUCACUACAAGCCGAAUGGUCCAACCGUCAAAUGACAAGGAAGGCCCUGCGCCUUCAACUCAUGAGGGCGGGUUCGAACCACUGGAUCUGUCUCGUCGGCCCUCACCUGGCCUCGGAGGCAUGGAGGAGGAUGGAGUCAUGAGCGUAGGAGAGGGAGGAGUUGUCGGAGUGGAUGGAGGAGAUAGUUCAACAGGUGUCAAACUGAGCCAGUGUUUGUUCUGCCCUUUCCGUACUUCCUCAGCCGAGCUCAUGGCCAUGCACCUCCAGGUCAACCACACCAGUAAGUCCAGGCGCAAAAGAGCCCCUUCCACCAUCUUGGAUGGCGAUGGAGCCCUAAAGGCCGCAAAAACCAGGAUGGAACAGUCCAAUCUCGACUCUCUGACAAUAUGGAGGAACGCAACCGAGUCCCAGCCACCCCUGGAGGAAUGGUCCUCAACAAAUGCCAAGACCCUGAACGGGCUCUCUGAGGAUACAGAAGACCAUCAUAACGACAUCCUUGACCACCCAGAUGUGGCCCCAGGAUCCAAGAAUUUAAGAGGCGAUCUGGCACUCAAGGGAAAGAUGGAGGAUGAUGAUGAUGAAGACCAAGAGGACGAAUUGGAUGAUAAUUUGGAGAACAGCAGUGUGGAGGAUUCAGAGGACCAGGAUCUGAGGAUGUCCCUCGCUCUAUCCCCAGCGCUCAGCUCCAACCACAUGGUGGGAGAGGAGGAAAGCAUCUUAACAGAUUAAAAUGCUUCGGGAUGAAACCAUUUUAAUUGGAGAGUUCGGUUCAAUGUUUCUCAACCACAUUUAACAGAGAAUUACAGAAAGGGCAGGGAGCUUUGCAGAGCUAACAGGAUUCCUGACUCCUGGGGUUUUAAAAAAGGACAGAGAGAAACAUCACAGCUGUUAUUUUCCCUUCGACAUCACUCGUCAACUUCACUUCUGACAGUGUGGCCAACUUCCUGUACAAAAGAGCUUAGAAGUACCUUUUCAGGAUUUUGUUUGCCACUUUUUCCAUUUUUCUUUGAACUUCUCUCCAAGAUGGUUGACUUUUAAGAUAAUCGCCUAUUCGAUCAGUUAAAGAACCUUGCAUAAAAUCGAGCGCAUCAUUCCACACACAUUUAUUUUACAUUAUUAAUGGACUGUUUACCCGAAGACUACUAUACUGAUCGAGCUAAAGCCAGCUGUGAAGAGUUGCUCUCCUGACUGACCACUGAACAGUUCACAUUCCUCCUCAAACGACACAUAUGUUGUUGAGUCCAGAAAUGUUCAAGCUGUUAACCUCAGCUAAGAUAUUUGGUAUUAUUUUAAAAGGCAUGAGGUAACUAUUGCAGGCUGCGUGCUUUCCCUCAACUAUAUAUCACUGCCUUGUUUGUCUGAAAAGUGUUUCUACAUGAUUGUCCUUAAGAAAAACAGAAAGAAACGUUUGUAAUAUUUUUCUUUUAUGAGUUAGUGCCUGUUCAUGUGCGUUGUUGAGAGAGUCUCUGCUAUUCCUGCACAUCGAGGCUCUGAUAGGUCAUUCAUUUUAUCUGAAUAUACAGUUUAAAACAAUUUAAGUACAGUAUAUUUGUUAAAAGUGGUUCUAGGGUGUUGUGAAUAGUUAAGUUGUUAAAGAAAUGCUACAUCGCAGCUUAUGUCCUUGACCGAGAUGGUAGACGUUUGUGGCUCAGCUCGAAAAGAAAAGAAAAAAUACAUAAUAGGUCAUAGACUGAGCUAUAAAAAGGGUCACAGUUCAGAAAUCAGUGUUUACAAUGCCGCCAAAUGUGGGUAGGCUUGCCAAGGCAACAUAGAUGCGUGGAAAAUGAACAAAACUAAGAGCGGAUGUCUAUUUGAGGGCCAAAGGGACGUUGCCCCAGCCCCCGAACACAAUCAACUGACACACCCUAAAGAGACAGAGACUUUACAACUGUGUCAAAAAAGAAAAACAAUUUCUCCAUAGGAGAGGAGAUACAAGGUAGAGAACGAGAAAGAAAGCAGGACUAAAUCGGAGAAACAACCUGUACUCUUGAGGGUUUGGUGUCUGUUAGACGAGUAGAUACCCUCUCUUCUUUUUUAUAAGAAAAGACAAUGGUAGGAGUAAUUAUUAAAACACUAACAAAUGCAUAGACAUCCCAGUAGAAUAUGUGUAGCUUUUAUAAAGACAAGAAAAAAAAGCAGACUUUUGUUUAUUUUCGUUUCAAGAUGCUUACAGAAAAAGGUUAUCAAUAUAGGUAAUAUUGAUUAUAAUGUUUGUGAGCUAAGACUAGUUGGAAUGUCUAUACAGAGCACUGUGCAAGGUUUGAGUUCCCAAAGUAGUUGUUUUUAUUCUGACUUUAUCGAUAGACCAAACGUUUUCUCAAUGGAAGUCGUCACUUUCUGUUGUUGUUUCAAAUGUGUGAAGCCGUGGUUUCGAUAGAUUUACCCCAUCGAUUAGUCAAAAUCCGUCAAUCAGUGUCAUAAAUAUCCAACCAUUGAACCGGUUGUUGCAGAAAGUUCACGUUCAAAAUCAACGCAUCUACUGCUAUUAAUGAAACCAGUCCGUUAUCGUGAAUGAUUGUGUUCUGAAGGUAUAUUUAAGUCAAAACAUGAAUGUGAUUCAGUAAUAUCCCCUCACACUGGUGACUAUUUAUCCACGUAGACUACUUGUUGAUGGGGUUUUCUAUGGUUGCAACCACUCCUUAAUGUGCAUCAAUGUGUUUAAGUUCCUUUUUUUAGAGCACCUUAUGAGUUUUGUAGUGAAAGUCCCUUAGUGGUGUCUCCUUAACAACUACUGUCAAUGCCAUCGUGCCUUCUGUUUCAAGCACUUCCUGGUGUAUUUUGUAAAACUCACCAAAAGCACUUAGCCUAUAUCUACACACUCUUUCUUCCUCUCCGUCUCUGUCCUUCCACCUCCCCUCAUUUCUCUUCCUCUUCAUCACAUCCGCUCAUUUCCUUAAUCUUUUUCUCGUGUCUGUACCUCUUGGCCUCUCUCUCCUGGGGGGGGGGGCCUGUAUUCAUACAUGAUUUCUCUCUACUGUUCAGGCCUGAUCGGCCUUAAACAAGGUCACUAGGCCUUAUUACAAUCUAGCAUGGCUAGACUCUUGAAAAGAAUAGACUACCUAACCUUUAGACAGGUAAAUUGUAGAUGUAGGGUUAGACUUUUGGUCUUAAUACUAACCCUUUGUAAACCAAAGCCCAAGUCUCUUAUAUUUAAUCUUUAAAAAAAGGUGCCAAAACAUGUCCUUAGGUGACACUAAAGCAACUUGAAAAACCUAAAUAAUUCACUUUCUUUCUUUAACCCGUCCUCCUUUCUGUCGUGCUUGCUCUUCCUCCCUGUCGCUCUCUCGUCCGUAAGCUGUCUAAAUCUCUAGCACCACUUGAAGGUGACGUGUACUAUCUGGUAUUGAGGCCUUUAUUAGAUUUUUAUUUCCGUUUGUGUGGUGUUUGUUCAAUGCCGUUGAGAUGGAAAAAUGCUCUUCUUAUAAUGAUAAUUAUUAUUGUUUUGGCAUUAUGGUUAAAAAAACAAAGAAGAAAAAAAAACAAGAGAAAUGUGUUGUUGAAUGUUGUACAGAUAGCACUAGAGAUGUUGUGUUUUUUUAAAGAGAGCACAAACCCGAGUGCUGGUCCCUUCCACUCCUCCCACCGGCAGAUGGGAAUAAAGCAGCCUGCCAAUCAAUCUAGAUGUCUAAUGACGAAAAUGUCCAAGGUGAUGACACCUUUUCCAAACAAACUUUCUUCUGGAGGUUUGAAUGUAAAAAAGGCAGCCUUUGACUCAAACUCCAUUCCCAAAUUUCUUGCACAACAAAAAAGGCUUUUUAAAAGCAGCACAUGUGCCAACAGUUUUUUGAAGAUUGUUUUGUCUAGUUACUAAGGUUGAACGUACGCCAGUUAUGCCCAUUCAAGGUCAUGCAUUAGAUCAGUGGAAGCUCUUCUGAAAGCUACUGAAUGAGCCCCUUCUAUUCCUCCAAAAAUGGACAGUUGGUGAACUUAAACCAACAUAAUGAAACACCCUUGAGUUUAGUUGGAAUAAAAGGCAAAAUGGUCUCCAAAACAAACUAUCCCUUUACAUUUGCACUUCAAUAGAAUACCAUGUGGCUCCGUGUGAAAGUUGCACCUUAUCUCCUGAUUGUGAAUCAGCUGAUAUCCUAUUGACUGAUCCUGCGUAUACUGUGUCUGUUCUUCUGAUCUUACUGAAGGUGUUGUUUCAUUGUGAAAAGACAAAUCUCCGCCAGGGGAGGGGGCCACGCUGGGUUUGGGCUCUUGUGUAGUUGACUGCCAUUGCAGUGAGGGAAAAACUGAUCUAACAUAGUAGUGACUAAUAUGACUUUGUGGACAGAUAAAAAAAUAAAAAAUAAAACACAUUAGAAAUAAAUAAACACAAACAAAAUAAA